AUGGCAGAUAAUAUUCAGGAACAGCAAGUCAAAAGGGUAAAACGCUUUUUAGAAAGUUGGCGUAUGGCCCUUCUUCCAUUAAAAUCCGUGUUAAUAUGGGAACAGCAGUGGCAUCCCUGUGCUAUUUUAGCAUUCAUAUCAAUUCUGUUUCUCACUAUUUCGCUAAUGGACCUGAGUACUCUGGCCACUAUAUCUGUUGUCGGCUUGAUAUUUAAUUUUAUUGAUUUCAUCGUCCCUAUUAUGUGCAAUACUAUUUGUAGUCCCGGCUCAUGGACGGGACAGAAUGAAAAAAUGUAUGAAGAUAUUUGUAGAAGUAUUGUUAUUACUUAUAACAAAAUUAUAACUAACAUAAAAUCAUUUUACGCUCUAAGGGAGACUAGUCCUCCAAUGUAUUAUCUGAUCUCCAUUUCUAUGCUGAGUGUUACAACUUGGAUGGCCGCCUCCAUAAACAAUGUGUUUCUCCUCUACAUAUUCUUCACCAUAGUAUUGCUAUGGCCAGGUAUUCAGCACCGAGGCAUCUUAAACACCGUCCUAAGCUUUGUUAAUAAGGCUCCGAAGAUGGCGUCUUUGAAAUCUGAUUAG